AUGGCGACACUUGAGCAUACCGUUUCGCGCGGUUUACAGUGUCCAGUUUGUUUGAGUUUGCUAAAUGAUCCCAAACAGCUAUCAUGUACACAUACGUUUUGUCAAAAAUGUAUCCGAGAUAUUCUAGCGUGCUCCUUACAGAAUACUUUAACUUGUCCAUUAUGUAGAAUCAAAACAAAUGUCGCAGAUGGAAAUGUUGCCAAUCUUAAAACUAAUGUACCUGUUAAGUCACUUGUUGAUGACGUCAGGAAUAGUAAACAGCUCUGUGACAUGUGUGACGAGCAAUCAAGAGCCGCACACUUCUGUUGCGAUUGUGGUAAGAGCAUGUGUAACGCAUGUCUGCAAGCUCACAACACAUGGAAACCACAUCUUAAACAUAAAGUAGUGAGCGUUGAAGACAUCACAGAGGGUAGGGUAGUCGUAAAGAAAAAGGUUUACUGUCAAGAAGAAGUACACCAAUCAGAAGAGUACGAAUGUUCUGAUGUAUGCACAACAUGUAAGAAGCUCAUUUGUAUGAGAUGUCGCAUGCUCUACCACGAGAAAACAGGCCACGAUGUGGAAGAUUUAAGAGAGUACAAUUCGUCUUUCACAAAGAGUUCUGAAUUACUUCAGGGUCAAGGAAAGACCAAAGCUACAACAGUCAAGAAUCAUAUGACGUGUAUUGAUAAUCAAAUCAAACGUGUCAAUGAUCACAUUGAUGCGGAAAAUGCGAAGCUUGACAAGAUUUGUGAAGAAGCUAUCAAGAAAAUAAAAGAGAGGAAUGCUACCUUGAAAAAGCAACUAGAAGAUCAGAGAGAAGAAUUCUGCAAGAGUUUAAAUGAUAUGAACACUGAUGAUGAGAGGUUGGUUAAGAGUAUUGAGAGUGCGAGUGAAUUGGUGAGUAAUGGUUUGAGAGCCCCACUAGAAGGAGAUGUUGUAGCAAUUCGUGAUUCAUUGUCUGGUGAAUUGAAGAAUGUAUUAGACAGAGAUGAUCCAAAGGAAAAGGUUGCUAUUGAUGUAGGUGAUCAUGCAGAGGAACUGACGUUUACAUCAGGCUGCAAUCCAGAUGCAUUAUCAAUGGGGGAACUAAGGGUUGCGAAUUGUGAGCCAGCGAAAUGCAAUGUAUUACUCACAAACAAAGAUAGUAUGAAUGGCAUGGCAGCUACAACGAAUGGUAUGAUGGCGAUAGGGUCAAGAGUUACAGGAAUCGACAUCUUCUCUUCUGAUGGUCAUCUACAGAAGACAGUCAUUGAAGAGGUAUCGAUACGUGAAAUAAGUUUCCUAUCUGAUAGUCGUUAUGUUGUACGUGAUACAGAUAAUAAGAUAUCACUGUACACAUCAGAUGAAGAGAAGCAGGAUGUGACAUUCGAUACUCUAGAUGACAGUGAAGGUGGGUACGGUGGUCUGACUGCAGACAGCAAUGAUCUGAUCUAUGUAAGCUACAGGAAAGCUAAGAAGAUCCAGGUAUUCUCACCAUCAGGUGGCAAGGCUAUCAAGGAGAUUCUGUGCGAUGGGUAUCAACCUUCGCAAUGCACUAGUUACGGUGACACAUUGAUCGUUAAGCAGUUCAAGAAUCAAAUAGCACGUAUUGAUAUGGAAGGUAGUAUAAUACGCAAAUUAUGGAAACCUGUGGAAAUUGACAUUUAUGCUGCUGUGAGUAAAAACAACACAAUCCUAACUGCCUAUGUAAGACACGAGAAAGGUCUGAUCAAUAUCCAUGAGUACACCGGUGAACUGAAACACAUCAAGACUCUCAUAUCUGAUUACAAGAUUGAGAAACCUGAGAGGAAAUGGUAUUACCUUCAAGGGUUCCAAUCAGGAGAGAUAGCUUUCUGUACACCUAAUAGGCUCUAUGUAUUUAAUCUAGUGACAAAUAAAGUUACCUCGUAA